AUGUCUUUCAUCGACGCCAUCCAGGACCUCUUCAAGAGCUUCUUCGAGCUCAUCGCCUCCAUCUUCGCGACCUUCUACCAGCUCUUCCAGACCAUCCUCAACGCCAUCAUCAGCUUCUUCGCUGGCGUCGUUAACCUGGUUUCCGACAUCUUCACGGGCGCGGUGGACGUCGUCGGUGGAGUCGGCAAGUUCGUCAUUGGCAACAUCGUCAUCCUCACCAUCAUCGUCGGCGGCGGCUACGCGUACACCCGAUACACGACGCACGGAAGACAGGUCGCUGCUGGCAAGAAGACGAACUAA